AUGACGAAGACAUCAAAUUCAUCGUCGAAGACGAUGCAGCUUCACCGGGUUCAGAACCAAAGCACACUUCCAGUCAUCUUCGGCUGCAAUCGUCUCUCCCCUUCCCCUGUUCGGAUGGUCGCUCCGAUACAACCUUCUUCAUUAGCAACACAACUACCUGCCAUGAAAACCCACCUUAAAAGCCAUAUUCCUUUUUUGGCGAAUUUCAGUAGUGAAUUUGUACAGAAGAUUAUAACCCCUUUCAUAGUUGUUCGUGGCCCGAACUGCUGGAUAAAUUAUCAGUACACGCCAUUGUUAGCCUUCGAAGUAAACCUGAAAUUUUGUUUAAGUGAAAGAUGCUUGAUACAUGCAAAUAUUUUUCAAGCUGCACGAGGAUAUAGACAUGUUUUGAAUAAAAAAAUGAGGUUAAAUGGUCUUCUGUUGUGCAAUAUUUCAAAAUAUUUCUCUACAUUUAAUCAUAAGUUAACACAAAAUGUGUUUCACAAAGUAGGCAGUUAUGGAAGCGCAUGCAAGUUGGACAGGCGAAAACUGCUCAAUAAAGUAUCUGCCACUAUGUAUCAAGAUAGUUUUGAUGAGCUCAUUGAUGAAGGAAAACAUGUUUUUGAUGCAUCUUUGGUUCGAAAACAAUUUCCUUCAAUCAUAUUAGGGAAAUCUAGCCCAGUAGAAUUAUAUGAUGGAAUUUCAGAUGCCCCUGAAAAGAUUAACAUAUUGACAGCAGAAAUUUAUAGUGAGUCAUGGGAUUCAAUAGCUAAUGAGUUUAAUCAAUUUUCAUCCCACAAGAUUGAAAGUAUAUCAGAUCAAAGUACUCUGGACUCAACAUGUUCAUCAAAAGAAGAGAAUUCUUCCUCUUCCUCUUCCACAUUGCCAUCAUAUGCUAAAUCCCCAAAUCCUGUUAAAUCUGAUCUUCAAUGUAGUGUCAGUGAUCCAUUUGAAUUGAUACUUGAUAAAUCCAUCAGCUGUAUACCUGUAUUAAGCAAGAAGCAAUGCACUCAGUUGGAAAAUUGUGGUUUGCAUACGAUACGGAAGUUGCUGAGUCAUUUCCCAAGAACAUAUGCUGACUUACAAAAUGCACAGUUUACAAUUGAUGAUGGGCAAUACUUAAUAUUUGUUGGAAAAGUUCUAUCAUCAAGGGGAAUCAAGGCAAGCUGUUCUCUAUCGUUUCUUGAAGUGAUUGUUGGUUGUGAGGUUGCAGAAAGUGGUUCAUCUUCAGCAUGCAUGGUUUCUGAACAUAAUAAUGGAAGCAAAAAAACAAUAUAUUUGCACUUAAAGAAGUUUUUUCGUGGGACCCGUUUUACAUAUCAACCGUUUUUGCGUAGUCUUCAGGAGAAACAGAAAGAGGGAGACAUUGUAUGUGUCAGUGGCAAGGUGAAGACUAUGCGUACAAAAUAUCAUUAUGAAAUGAGGGAAUAUAAUAUGGAUUUAAUUCGAGAUGAUGAUGAUGAAUCUGCAUGUGCUGAAGGAAGACCUUACCCAAUUUACCCUUCAAAAGGUGGUCUUAAUCCAAAGUUACUCAGUGACAUUAUUGCAAGAGUUCUAGACACCUUGCCACCUGGCAUAGAUCCAAUUCCCAACAAUACCCUUCAGAUGUUUGGAUUAAAAAGCCUCCGUGAUGCAUAUAUUGGGAUUCAUCAGCCAUCAAAUUUUAAAGAGGCUGAUUUAGCUCGCAAAAGGAUUAUAUUUGAUGAGUUCUUCUACCUUCAGUUGGGACGAUUGUUUCAAAUGCUUGAAGGACUUGGGACAUGGAUUGAGAAAGAUGGUUUACUGAAUAAAUACAGAAACCCUUCAACAAAUGCAGCAUUUACUGAUGAAUGGUGUUCUCUUACCAAAAAGUUCUUGAAUUCUCUACCAUAUUCGUUGACUUCUAGUCAACUCACUGCUGUUUCAGAAAUCAUUUGGGACUUAAAACGCCAAAUUCCAAUGAAUCGACUUUUGCAGGGAGAUGUGGGAUGUGGGAAAACUGUGGUGGCCUUUUUGGCGUGUAUGGAGGUUAUUGGUUCAGGAUAUCAGGCAGCUUUCAUGGUUCCAACUGAGUUGCUUGCUAUUCAACACCAUGAUCGCCUUCUUAGUUUACUUGAAAACAUGGAAGAUGUUGAUUCCAGACCAUCUGUUGCUUUGCUUACAGGCUCCACUCCAGUAAAAAAAGCACGUUUAAUUCGUGAGGGUCUUCAAAGUGGAGAAAUUUCAUUGGUGAUUGGGACCCACAGUUUAAUUGCUGAAAAAGUGGAAUUUUCUUGUUUACGGAUUGCUGUAGUAGAUGAACAACACAGAUUUGGAGUGAUCCAGAGAGGUCGAUUUAAUAGCAAGCUGUAUAGUAAUUCGGUAAAUUCAAGAUUGGCAGAAAUUGAUUCCAAUGGUUCAUCAAAAGGGGACACAAGUAUGGCUCCUCAUGUUCUUGCCAUGACUGCAACUCCAAUUCCAAGAACUCUUGCUUUAGCAUUGUAUGGAGAUAUGUCUCUCACACAAAUAACUGAUUUGCCUCCUGGGAGAAAACCUAUCGAUACAUAUGCAGUUGAAGGAAAUGAAGCCGGUUUUGAAGAGGUUUAUCAGAUGAUGAAGGUGGAAUUGGAAUCAGGAGGGCGAGUGUACAUAGUCUACCCAAUCAUCGACCAAUCAGAACAACUCCCUCAGCUUCGUGGCGCAUCUGCUGACCUGGAAGUAAUCUCCAACAGAUUCCAAGGCAUCAACUGCGGAUUACUACACGGGCGAAUGAAAAGCGAUGAAAAAGACGAAGCUUUAAAAAAUUUCAGAUCCGGAGAAACACAAAUAUUACUUUCCACUCAAGUCAUUGAAGUGGGAGUCGAUGUUCCGGAAGCUUCCAUGAUGGUUGUUAUGAAUGCAGAAAGAUUUGGGAUCGCUCAGUUGCACCAACUCAGGGGACGAGUUGGACGUGGGGUCCGCAAAUCAAAAUGUCUGCUUUUGUCUUCAACGAGUAGCGGUUUGCCUAGGUUGAAGGUUCUAGAAAAUUCGUCGGAUGGGUUCCACCUGGCGAAUAUGGAUUUACUUUUGCGGGGCCCGGGUGACUUGUUGGGAAAGAAACAGUCGGGACAUCUUCCCGAGUUUCCUAUUGCUAGAUUGGAAGUAGACGGGAAUAUACUGCAAGAAGCACACCUUGCUGCACUGAUGAUUUUAAGCGAGUCGCAUAAUUUGGAGGGGUUCCCGAAGCUUAAAGCUGAGUUGAGUAUGAGACAACCGCUCUGCCUUUUGGGUGAUUAAAGAUUGUAAAUACUUUUUCAAGGCACAUACUGUGUUUGAAAACUUAUGGUUUGGAAAAGUGUGGCAGCUAAAUUAUUUGUUUCUAGGCCUUUGUAGGGGCCCAUGUAAAUCUUUUUCGUGUUGUAAUCAAAAUUAACAGUUAUUAUAGGUGCUAAAUGGAUGGGAUGCGUAACAUGUCAAAUUGAACAAAAACACAAAGUAUCACUAACAAAAUCAAUAACCAAACUGAAUAAAUAAUAAGUUUGAUCUCAAAAUCCGUACUUAUCAACCAGAAGUACUCUGUAACAUGGCUUGCAAUUUAUCAAGAAAAGCUUGGAGUUGUUUAAAUUCUUGGGUUUCUGAAAACUUCAAAGCCGCCUGUUUGAUCGUGCUCUUAAGGUGCAUCUCACCUGCACACAAUUCCCUCCGCCCACCUAUCUCAACAUAAACUUUACAUAAUUCCAAAGAUGCCCUUGAAAACUUCACAAAUCGUUCUUUCUCCUUCCAAACUUCUGAUCCCUGAUACGCCCUAACUUCCUUCAACAAAGCUUCACAACACAUCGCAAGAUCACCUUUCAACUUAUACCACCUCCCAAACAACCCCCAAACACCCCCACCACCACCACCAUUUUUCACAACACCCUUCAAAAUCUCCCCAAUCAUCUCACUUUCCCGACUUCUUUCCACUUCUACCCUUUCAAUUUCCACCAUUACCCUCUCCAACAACUCAACAUCAACUCUCUUAUACUUGCUCAAACUCAACACCUUCUCUACAGCUUCCAAAGCUAGACAAAAAUUCCCACUAUCAACCGCCACCUGGCUAUAAUUCUCCCACAUUUGCCAGCUGUCACGUUUGUACUUCAAAGCCUCCUUAAACGCAACCAUCGCCUCUUUACUCCUCUUUUUUGUCAUAUGUAAACACGCGAUGUUAUUCCAUGCUUCUCCAUUAUCUGGAUCGAGUUGAACAGCACGUGAAAAUCCAUCUAAAGCUUUUUCAAGAUCUCUAGCUUUUAAAGCAGCUGCUCCUAAAGCAAACCAUCCAUCCGGAUAUAAAGAAUUUAACUUCAUUGCGGAUUCCCAUAAAAGUUUUGAUUUUUCAUAUUCCCCUCUGUUGUAUGCGCUUCGUGCAAGUGACCGUUUUGCCCUUACGGAUUUGUUUUCUGAAACUUCCAAGGCUUUGUAAUAGCAUGAAUCUUGGUCUGUGACAUCGCCUAAUGAACACCAUAAUCUUGGGUCAUUUGGGUGUUGUAAAAGACGGGUGUUUAUUAGUUCUACAGAAGCGGAUUUCUUUUGUAGUAAACGAUAACAAAAGAUGACAUUAUCCCAAAGUUCAAGAUCUUCAUAUGUCUUCACAGCUUCUCCUAUUAACCCACAAGAGACUAAAAGAUCUGCAUAUUCUUUACGAAGAGAAGGAAUAGUGGGAAAGUCGACACUGAAACAGAAACACAUCCUUUCUGCAACUGCAACUCCAGGGGUAGAAUCGUAAAUUCCUUGGACGACUUUAUCCAUCAUUAAAAUGGCACGUUCUUUGGUUCGGCUACGGGUUCUUUCCCAUCUUAUACGUAACAAGUCACAGAAAGAUCUGAUGAUGAACAAUGAAGAUGAUUGGGAAUCGAUUGCUUCUAUGUAUGGAGCCAUGUCCCACCUUUGCAUUUCAUCGUGUGGAGUGUUUUUCUCAAUUAGAAGACAUUGUGCUAAAAUCAGUGCUUGUUGGACUGGUUUUAGACUACCUUCAUUGUUGGAUUCUAGGAAUUUAGGAGUCAAGAACACAUCAGAUGCUUCAUGAAGCUGAGGAUCAUGCUGAGAAGAUUUGUCAGAAUGACCAUUUGUAGAGCUUGAGUGAUUGGUAAUGAGUCGAAGCUGUGCUUUUGGAUCCACCUGAUGUACAGUUCGGAAACCUAAAGAACCACUAACAGAAAGUGAAAGUCCAGAUGCUUUUUCAGAAGAUUCAAAAUGCAACUUUGAAGAAUCAACACGUCCAUAUCUGAAAUCAAUGAUCCCAAAUUCUAAGUGAAGCAUAGAUACAAUAUCACUCAAACUCCCUUCUUCAAUCCCUGGCCAAUACCUUGAUACUUUCAUUAGAUCACCCAAAUGAGCUAAAGUUUCAGGAAUUAAAUCUUGCAAUUUUUGAAAGAGAACUGAGGAGUGGCCAUCGAGGAGUUUCUGUUGAAUCAAUAAUACCCUAGCUAACCACCAUGAAAUCGUUGGAAAGAUUGUACUGUUUUCGUUUCCGAAAUGAGCUCUAAUUGUUGACAACAGUAGCUUGGCGAAAACUAUGUAUUCUAAAUUGAAAAACUUUCCCAACAAAUCAGAGCCAGUUGACAUUACCUCAUUGCGCGCCCAAACUUCUAUCUCCUCUUUAGCUAUAUUAGUGAACAACGGAGGCAGUAUCUCCGGAGGACCGGUAACUUUAGCCUGUACGAAAGCUAAAAAAGCCGAGACAGCCACGGCAACUACGAGAAAUGCCCUUUCUUCGGUGCUCGUUUCACUAUUUUCAGAAAUUAAGAAGGAGCUGACAGAAUCUGUGAUUGAAUCCGAGUAGGAAGACGAUACCUGGUCGAGAUUGAGGAGAAAAUCCGCCGAUUUGGAUGUCAAGGCUUUGGAGUAGUGCCCUGAUUCAAUUGAUUGGAGUAAGGAUUCUAUAGAGGUUUGUAGGGGAUGGGGAGUGAUUGAGAUUUGAGAACUAGCAAGGGGCGGAUCAUGUGAGAUUGAACAACGAAGAAGACGAAGCUCGUAGGUACGGAGGCUUUGCAGAAGCAUCUCUAACCCCUGUUCCGCCAUUGAAG